UUUAAGCUCACAAACUCAGGGUGGACACAGCUAUUCAGUGGACUCUGGGGACCGCGAGCCUUCUCACCCCACCAGAGCUGGAUGUUUUUUGACAUGGGGAACGUCAUUUUAUUCUCAGCCUUCAUCUUCAUGUGCUGCUUUUUUUCACACAAUGUCAGAGGGAACCCCAUUGGCACUUCAUCAAUAAACUGUAAAUUUGACAGUUAUAAGACAUUGCCUGCAGUGGGUGAAGGAUAUACCGGGGCUGUGGAGAAUUUGACUGGCAUCGAUCCAGGCGAGAGUGUGGUGCUCGCGGAAUUUUCAUUUCCGGACCACUUGCAUUUCCUGGAGUUGAAUUUCACACUUGGAGAUACAUUCGCGGUAGUUCAGACUAAAGGCUCACUGGAUGCUGACGUCCUGAUUGAUACAAAUGGUGAGCUUUACUACUCAGUGAAAUGUGUGAGCACGGAGGUUAUUAACAGGAGGACACUGAUAAUAAAUGACAUCAACGACAAUCCGCCCGUUUUUAAGCAGAAGGAAUACCGGAAAAGAAUAUCUGAGGCACUGCCUGUGGACUCACUGGUAGAGAAGGUUGAAGCGGUGGAUGCAGAUGUUAGCACAGUAAACAACAGAGUAACAUAUUCCAUACUGGACCCAGCACCAGACAAAUUUAUGAUUCAAAGUAAUGGGAGUAUCAUUCUGAAGAGUGCCCUGAACUACAACCUAGCCAACAGCUACAGCUUCACUGUGGAAGCUCGGGAUGCAGGGGGAUUAACAGACACCACCAAAGUGUUUUUUACAGUUGAGGACUUUGACAACACCAGUCCUUACUUUCAACGCAGCCUGUAUCAUGCAACCAUACAGGAAAACCAAAUGGGGAUGUUCAGAGAUAUCCUCCCCGAAGCCAUCCUCGCCAAAGAUGGAGACAUUGGCAUUAACGAGUCUGUGAUCUACAGCAUUAACCAAGUUUCUCCAGAUCAGUAUCAGUCUUACUUCAGCAUUGAUGAAGACACUGGUGUCAUCACCGUAGUGUCAUCGCUAGACAGAGAGGAGAUCAGCUCCAUCAUUUUGAGCAUCCAGGCCACUCAAGCGUCCGAUAGUCUGAAAACAGCAAACGCUGCAGUUUCUUUAAACAUUGAAGACGUCAACGACAACCAGCCUGAGUUCGACAAAAGCAGUUACUUCACCAGUAUUCUCGAAAAUUCCCCAAAUGGCUUCAUCCUCUUCAGGCCAAUAAUCAGCGACAAAGACGAAGGAGGGUUUAAUGGAACACUUGAAGUUCUUCCGGAGACCGUCCCUUUCUCGCUCUCUUCCGACGGCACCCUGAUGGUCAAGGAUUACACUCUUCUAGAUAGAGAAACAAGCCCCAGUUUUACUUUUCAGAUUAAAGCUCAAGAAAACCAGCCCCCCUUCCACACUGUUUUGGCCGACGUCAACGUAACUCUUUUGGAUGAAAAUGAUAACAAUCCCCAGUUUGACAACUCCGUGUACGAAGGAAAAGUUUUUAACAACCAAACAGUGGGCAUAUGGGUCACUAAGGUUACAGCUGAAGAUCCAGAUGCGGGCCCUAAUGGGAGAGUAAAAUACACCAUAGCAGGAGGAAACCAGGACGGCUACUUUAACAUCAGCGAAGACACAGGGGACAUCUCCUUAAGCAAAGAGAUCCCUUUCAAGGAGGAUGAGGUGCUCAGGUUCUCCCUGUUUGUGACAUCAAGAGACGAGGGAGCCCCACCGCGUGCUUCAUCGCUGCUGGUAAACAUCCUGGCGCCUGGUGACACCAAACCUCAGUUCCUCAGCUCCACCUACAAGGGUCGCGUGCAGGAGGAAAUGGAACCACCAGUUGAGAUCCUGAAGAUGAGCUUCCUGUCAGUAUCGUCCAUAAAUAAAGUGAACCUGCAGGUCAUGACACACGGAGACAAAUUCUCCGUCGAUUCAGAGGGCCAUUUCUCAACCUUGAAGAAACUGGACUAUGAGAGCGAGAAUAACUACACAGUGUCUGUGUCCCUCUCGGAUGGUACGAGUCACGAUCAAGCCACUGUGCUCGUGGAAGUGACUGACGUCAACGACAACCCCCCGCUAUUUACACCGAAUUCCACCAAUGUCACGGUCCCUGAGGACACUGAGAUUGGCACCAGGGUGAUGGAGAUGGCUGCCAGAGAUAGUGAUGAGGGCUUCAACGGCAAGCUCUCCUACUCAUUACAAGGAGGAGAAGGGAAGUUCUUGAUCGAUUCCCAGUCUGGCGAAGUCUUUCUGGCCAGUGAGCUUGACAGAGAGACUUUGGCUGAAAUCCGGAUGGAGGUCGUCGCCCGAGACCAAGGCCAGCCUCCCCAGUCUGCUACAGGCAGCAUACUCAUCACGGUGGGGGACGUGAAUGACAACCCCCCCCAGUUUCCAUUGACAGAGUACCAGGUGCCAGAGAAUGCCACUGUGGGCAGCAUCAUUCUCGGGGUGGCUGCUGUGGACCCGGACGAGGGUCCCAACGCCGUAAUCAGCUACCGCAUUGCCCGGCAGAGUCCUUCCUCUGAUUUGCCUGUCUUCACUCUGGACCCAGAUUCUGGGGACCUGCAGCUUAACCAACCUCUGGAUUUCGAGACGGUCAAAGAGUACGUCCUGCUGGUGGAGGCCUCAGACAGCGGGACGCCGAGACUCACCGGAACGUGCUCUGUUUUGGUCCGGGUUCAGGAUGUAAACGAUAACGCACCUGAGUUUGUGAAGGAGAAGAACGAUGUCGCCAUUUAUGAGAACCUGCCCAGCGGAGCUGCCUUUGUCACGCUGGAUGUCACAGAUAAAGACGAGGCUGGAUUUUCAGACGGUCACUUUGUUCUAAAAAGUGAAGUUUUCGGCAUAAACAAUCAAGGCACCGUGUUUCUCAACAGCAAUGCAACCUUAGACAGAGAAGAAUGUGAUCAUUAUAUCUUACAGGUGGUGGCAGUGGACUCUACUGUUGAUGGACUGAGUGCUACAGCUCAGCUCAAUAUCACCGUCUUGGACGUCAACGACAACGACCCGCAGUUCUCCCCCCACCCGGGACUCGUUCAGGUUCCCGAGGGGGAGUACUCACCCGAGUACCCCAAGGAGAUCUGCCACAUCGGCACCACCGACACCGAUGAAGGCGACAACGGCAGGGUCACCUUGUCUAUAUUCUCGUCCGACGCUGACCUGCUGUUCGAGAUCAGAGAGGAUGGGACUCUCCUUGUGGUGUCCCCCCUGGACCGGGAAACGAAGGACGUCUACGAGCUCGUGAUAGUUGCUUCUGAUAAGGGGAUACCAGCAAGGAAGAAUAUCACUGGUAUCACAGUUAGCAUCUUGGAUGAGAAUGACAAUGACCCAGAGUUCAGCCAGGAAACAUAUGUCAUAAGAAUGCUGGUGAAGGACGCUAAGGAAGGAGACACUGUAUUGACACUGUUGGCCACAGACAAGGACAUUGGCAACAACUCGCUCAUCUCCUAUAGCUUCUCUUCGGAAAGCCCUUUCCUGCUAUUGGACAGCGAGACUGGAGUGAUCACCCUGACCUCCAACGUGCGAGAUGUUACUGAGGACACAACGUUCAACCUCACUGCUCUGGCCUGGGACAAAGGGGAACCUUCACGGUCCUCUAAAGCCACCGUCCAGGUCUUCCUGUGGUGCAACAACAGCACAUCAGACAUAGUUUUCGAGAGCUACAUGUACAACUUUAGUGUGGCUGAGAAUGAACCGAGCGCAACAGUGGUGGGCACAGUGAAAGCCCUUUCGAAAAGUGACAAAGUCCAAGUCACUUACUCCCUCAAGUCGUACGAGGAGCUCUUCUCUGUGGAUGAUGACGGUAUGAUCAGUACACGGCAGACGCUGGACAGGGAAUCGCAGGAGUGGUACAGCAUAGCUGUGGAGGCUGUGGACUCCAUCGUUCGUUCUACCUCUGCUCUUGCCAUGGUGACUGUGAAGGUGCAGGAUGUGAAUGAAGCUCCUGUAUUCAACAGGACAAGUUACUCGGCCACCAUCUUCAACAGCUCUCCAUACAAACACCCAGUCGUUCAAGUGAAGGCAACAGACCCAGAUGUGGGGGAGAACGGGCAGCUGGAGUACAGCCUGCAGGAGGCCAGCCCUCUGUUCGAGGUGGAGGCCUCCUCUGGGCAGGUGUACGUGGUGUCCCUGCAGGGUCAGACUGGACAGGUGGCUCUGCACGUCAAGGCCACUGACUCUCAGGGGCUCUUCGCCACAGCCAAAGUGGAGGUUACCGUGGAGAGAAGCUCCACCAGCGACAUCGUGGUCAUCUCCAUCACCGAGGCUGCCAGUACUGUGGAGAGAAAAGCUCCGCAGCUAGAGAAGUCACUGGGACAGGUGCUGGACAUGAGCGUCACAGUCAUCACCAUCUGGGCAGCGGGCAGCAUAAGGCAGCGAUCCUCGAGGUCAGACGUGGCAACGAACAUCGGCUUCAUUGCCAAGGACUCCAGGCAAAACAUCGUGCCCUCGGAACGAGUCAGGAGCGAGCUGGAGAACCGGAGGGAGAAGAUGGAGGAGCAGCUGAAGAUGGUGUUUGGACAGGAAAUGACGUUCACCAUCGAGAACCCCGCCCAAGUGCCGGGCCCUGACCAGGCGACAGUCAUCACUCUGGGCGUGCUGCUGGGUCUCAGUAUUGCCGUCUUACUGGUCAUAUCGCCUGCGUUAUUCGUGAUGGUCAGGAAGGCGAAGACGACCAAAGGUGGUGACGAUAUGCACUGCAUAAUCUCCAGAAAUUCAAUGGAUGUCCCCGUACACCUGAAUAAGAGUCCCUCUGGUGCCAGGAACGAAGGGGACGAGGAAAUGGACCAGGACAGCAGUGACAACAGCCACACGUCUGAGUUCUGAGAUGCGGGGGCUAGUGGGGCAGCGGGUAGCAUGCCAGGGUACAUUGCAUCAUCACAGCAAAUAUAACACCAUCAAAACAGGGGAGGCAUCUGAAAGCCAUACAGAUGUACUUGUAUGUUUUACUAAUUUAUUUAUAUAAUCAUCCAGUAAAACUAUUAAAGAUCAACUUUAAAAGCCUUUAUGUGCACACAUGGAUAUUUGACCCGUUACUGACUGUACAGAAAGAAAUCUCCUCUGUCAGCAUUAAAUGAAUGUUGGUGAAUGGCA